AUGGACCAGUUGCCUCAACAUCAGCAGCGAUCGUCAACAAUGCGUAGCCAUUCUAGCAGCAUGACUAGUUCAAGUGGAGGGCAAGCCGUCAACAUGGUGGGUACGACGCCGACAUCAGUCUAUCCUCCUUCAGCAUCAACCCCUACAGGAAGCAGCAAUCCUACAGCCUCUGGACGCGAUCAACAGGUGGAGAAGCUUCUCAAGGAAGUAAAGCACUUGAAGCAGAAGGUCGAUCUAUUGGACAAGGAAAACAGUGCACUCAAAAAGAGCAUUUACGACCUUUCAGCACGCUAUGCUGCUUCUAUUUCUCAAGGCGGGUUGACUUAUCGUCCUUUUGUCGUUGAUCAUGGUUCCACUUCGAAUAUGGACUCAAAAGCCGAGCAGGUGAUCUCCAUGGCUGUUCAAGAAGCUGCUGGCAACGAUUUUCAACCUAAUUACAAUGGGGAGGCGUUCGAUAUGCGUUACGAGCUGAAAGGUCACGUGGGUGCUGUGUACACUGUGGAAUUCUCUCCCAAUGGCAGUUUGCUUGCUUCAGGCUCUUUUGAUAAGACGGUGCGGAUUUGGGAUACUGUAUCAGCACAAAAGGAGGUAAUGUGCUUGAAAGGCCAUACGCUCAACAUUUCCGACGUGGCAUGGACAUCCGAAUCCAACAAACUGGUAUCAGGCGCAUAUGAUGAAACUUGCAAAACAUGGGAUGUCGAGACCAGCAAGCUCUCAGGCACUUUUGAGAUGGAUGGGUUUGUUCAAUGCGUGGGAUGGGACUUUAUGGACUCCAACAUCUUUUAUUGCGGCACAUCAAGGAAAAUCCUAGCCACAGUCGAUACGCGUUCACCAAACACAGUAGCAGCCAUACAUAACGACAGCAUGGUCAACACGCUAUAUGCUUCAAGGGAUGGUAUGCACGUUAUCACGGGUGAUGCGCACGGGGUACUCAAGGUAUGGGAUAUACGAUCACGAACAUGUAUAUCGAGCACUACGAAUGGUACGACGAAUAUGCCAAUCUCACAUAUCACGAUUGGUCGGCGGCGCACGGAUGCGGCUAGACGUGCAGUUGACGAUUAUGACGAGCCACGAUACAUGGCUGUAAAUAGCUACGACAAUGUAUUACGUGUAUAUGAUCGUGGUAUGGAUCCACCCAAAUCGGAUACCCGACUUGUGCAUGCGUUGAAAGGGUUCAAGAACAAGAAUUGGCCUAUAAAAUCAUCAUUUUACUGUGGCAGCGGAUAUAAUGCUUCAAUUGUAAGCCGCCCUUCACCGUUGGCCACUGGUGACAGCGACCCUGAUAGAGCGUUGACAUCCACAGGCGAUUUUUCUGAACCAAAGGAAGAGAAAAGCGUACUACUUGCAACUGGCAGUGCAGAUCCGUAUGCAUAUUUGUAUAAUGUUGGCGAGGAGAGCGCAGAGUUAAUGCAACGGCUCGAAGGGCACACUGAUCGAGUAUAUGCUGUCAAUUUUCACCCAACCGAACCCAUCCUUGCAAGUGGUUCUGCCGAUUUUACAGUCAAGGUGUGGGGCCCUAGUCUACCACGUGGGAAGAAGAAAGCCAUUGUAUAG